CCCUUAACCAUCCGUAGAAACACAAUAACAUCCUGCUCAAAAGUUGUCACCUUAUUUUACUAAUUUCAAGAUGAAGUUCAGAGGGAAAAUGACGGAUAUUAUGUGCAUUAAGCAGUUUACGGUGGUUGUAAACACUGUGGCAAGAUUAGCCAAAGUGUGCACCCUGCGCAUCACCCCACAGAAGGUAUUCUUCAUCAUCAAUGAUGCAGGUGCCGUUGGCAGUAGCCCUGGCCUGUGGGCGGAGCUAGACCAAGGCCAUUUCUUCAAUGAAUUCAACAUGGAGGGAGUUUCAGAGGAAAACAAUGAAAUAUAUCUGGAGCUGCAGCCAGAUAAGUUAUCAAGAACUUUAAACUCCCUCAAGUCGUCCCAGUCUGCCCGCAGUGUGAAGAUCAAGUUAACCAGGAAACACAGUCCUUGUCUGACCUUGGAGGCUGAAUUGCCGUCACUCUCUGUACAUGCGAGGCUUGUGGUCCAUGAUGUGCCAGUGCAGCUGAUUCCUCGUCGUCAGUGGCACCUAUACCACGAGCCAGAAAUGCCCCAGUUCCAAGCUUCUGUUUACCUGCCUCCCCUCCGUCAGCUGAAGCAUGUAAUAGAACGAAUGAAAACACUGUCCCCUUAUGUAUCCUUAUCGGCAAAUAGACGAGGGACACUGGUGGUUGGAGUCACCACAGACACCGUCAAAGUUUCCACUCAUUUCAGACAUUUACCUAUGCCUGUUUGGGAGGGUCAGGAGGACAGCAUGGAAUCAGCACCAGAAGAGCUGCAUACUGCCACAGUGGAUAUCAAGAAGUUUGCACUUUUUUUGCAUGGAGAACAGGGAGGUCCUACAAAAGUUAUAUGCAAUAUUGUAGAAGACCGUACAAUCCACAUGUUCCUCAUAAAUGAUGACGUAACACUUCAGUAUUUCCUGCCAGCUGCAACCAAUACAUGAUGUCUUUCCUUACUUGUGUAUGUUUGCAUUAGAGCUGUAUUGUUUUGAUAGAUUGUAUACUAGUCAGAUUUGUAUCUAUUUUUCUACAAAGUUAGGCAGUUCAAUUAUCAUGAAUAGGUGUUAUCUGUUUUUGAUUGAAAUUGAUAUGUGUCAUUUAGCUUUGUAUGAUAUGUAUAUUGAUAUGCAAUUACAAAGUAAUUUGGUUAUUUUCUGAAAAAUAUGAGAGUAUAUG